AUGUACCUUGGCGUCCAAAGCGCAUGGAUGCAGGUGAAGAGCAUCGCAGGCAUCAUGGAGAACCUGGCUGAAGAGAUGCAUACGGACAAUCGUAAGAUGCGCGACCUUUGGCACCUCGAAGACAGAUUCUUUUCGUCUCCGUGCGAGCUCUACCACGACCUCGCGCAGUUGCCGCCCCUCUUCCGCAACUUGGCCCACAAGCUCCGCAGGCGGGCCGUUGGUGACAUGGAGAUUUCCUCCGGCGGGCACCCUUCUCUCUGCAGGCACCAGGUCGAGGCGGCAAAGCUCUGCUCUGAGAUUUGUGGCGACUUCCUGGCGGAGGACCGGAAGUCGCAGGAGGAUUCGCUAGAGCGAGUACCCUUGAGGCCCGUGAGCGACCUGCUCUCCCAGCUCCAGGGCCAGCUGCGUAGCAACGAGGCCUUUUCCGAGGCCAUCCAGGGCCCGAAACUGUGCAAGAUGUUGGAGGACAUUCUCAUCAAGCACCCGAAUGGGACUUUCCGGCCUGAGAGCGAGGAGUUGGCCUUGCAUUUCAAGACUUACGUGCAGGAAAUGUGGGAAGCAUUGCACAAAGAUUCGAAUUCGGCAGCAGUGCUCAUGGAUGGGUUCAAGCAGGAAGAACAGAAGUUCAUGAACGAUGCACGAAAUGGGUCCGAAACCCUGGAUACGGAUGAGUGCUUCGCCGAUCGGUUCAAACGGGAGGGAAAGCGGACCGUUGUGAUGUUGAGGUUGAUGGAGAUGUACGCGGCGAAACUCGACGCCGUGCUCGGGCGCGACUCGAUGGAUGCUCUCCUCGGCCCAGCCCGAGAGCAGUUCAGUAGGGAGCACAGGGAAUCGCAGAAGCAGCGGCAAGAGCUCCAGGAGAAGCACCAUGGCUUGGCGGACCUCGCCCUUCAUCGGAUGCACAUGCUCAAUGAGCUUCUCGCCAGGGAGGAGCAUCUUCUUGCCGCCGCGACCGUCGAGGCCGAGAAAAGCGCCAUGGCGACCAAGAGCACCUUGGCUGAGCUCAUGAGCACCAUCGAGCAAGCAUUCCGCAACCUAGAGACUGUGAUCGCGGCAGACAUGGCCGCUCGGUCCAAGCGCACCCAUGCAAAACAUCGUGUGGACGCUCUGCGAGAGCAGAUUGCCACCCGCGGCGUUCCUAAUCCAGCGACCAGGAACAUGCACCAGCGCUUCGCGGCGAGGUACGCGGAGGCGUUCGACCUGAAGGAGAGCGUGGCCGUGUGGCUCAACGCCGCGUACGAGGGGAUGGAGGCCAAGACGCGGCUGACGGUGGACGAGCUGCGGUCCAACCUUCCGGUCGAUCUGUUUCGACAGAUCGCUGUAGCGACAGAGACGGACCUGCAGGAUCAGACUGAUCGGAUUCAAGCGGCCUACUUGGAGACGAUACGGCGUCUUCAGAAGGACGAGAGUGACCUGAGAUAUUUCGAAUACUCUGGGGCAGACCCAGCGGAGUGGGAACGGAAGCGAGCGGAUAUCCAGCGCCACGAAGAAGCGAAAGAAUGGCAGCAGGAGCAAGCCAGCGAGUUGCGGACAAAGCAGGACCAGGUUGCGAAGACCAGGAGUUGCUACAUCAGCAAGAUGAAGAGCCCCGAGUUGCUUGGGAUUGCCUGGUCCGACGACUCGAUUUGCACCGCUAGGACGCCAUCCAUCUCAGACGAUUGGGUUCGACAGUUCUUCUUCUCCGCGCGGCGACCCUUGGUGCACUUGGCGGGUUCUCCACAGCUGGCUCAUCCGGCCAUAUCUGGCGAAUCUGAGCUGGAGUAUGACAACAGUAGCAGUCUAGCGUCGUACGACGUCCUCAGCGAGGCACGCCGUUCGGCCACCAGUGCUCCGGCAUCCCGACUGUUCGUGAACUGCUUGGUGGACACGGCGAAGCUCCUCGAUCCCAAGGGCCAGCCUGUGCCCGUGGCAUCGCUCCAGAAAGGCUCGGCUUUGGUGAACGGCGUCGUCCUUGGCUCCACGAUCCCGAUUAAGCCGUUGCAGUGCCACGAUUUGGUCGUGGUCGAGACUUUGGAAGGAGCGACGUACUGCCUGACCAGUGACCACCGCGUGGCUGCGCGAAGGACGGGCGACACCGAAUGGUCUCCGGUGGCCGCCUGCCAGGUGCUGGGGAUGGAGGUGUUGACUUUUGCCGGGGAUGGAGUUGCCUUGCAGCCUGCCCGGGUGAAGGCCACAACCAUGCAAACCAAGAUGUGCGAAGUAACGAGAUUGAUAUUGGAUCCUGAAGGUUCCCUCGCCUUCCUUGCCACCGAGGGUGAGUUCGGAUCGUGCCCCGCCCUGGCCAUCUUCGGCGAGACGCCAUCGGACAGGCUCAUACGCAUCGACCCCAUCAGGGGCGUCAUCGACUCGGUGCCCAGCGCAAGUCCUCCGGCCGUUCCAGAGAUCUGCUCCGACCCGGGCCCUGCGCGCGCGCCGCCGAUGCGCCGCCCUGUGUACACCAAGCCUGCGGGGCUCGCGGUGGUGGCUGGGGAGGACCUCUCGGAGGGGAGCCGCGGGCACUCCCAGGGUCAGUGCGCGGGGUUCUGCAAGUACGCGGCGACGCACUGCAAGUUCGGCGUGGGGUGCAAGAAGUGCCACGUCCCCAGCUGCACGAAGGUUGAGUCCCAGAGGGAGCGCAAGCAGCGCAAGCAGCGUGACAGCAGCGUUUAG